AUGAUGAUGAACACCUUCAUAGUACAAAGUGCAGGAGUGGAACACAUUAAAGAGGAGUACAUUAGUGAUGCUGAUUUUUCAGAAGUAUUCAACAACCUACAAGGAGGAGGACGGGAUGACAAAUUUGCUAUACAUGAUGGGUAUCUUUUCAAAGGCACUCGCCUCUGCAUCCCAAACACCUCUUUGAGACAUCACUUGAUUCGAGAGUUAUAUGGAGGAGGAAUGGAUGGACACUUUGGCAAGGACAAAACAUACUCCAUCAUAAAAGACUUAUACUUUUGGCCUCAACUCUUAAAGGAUGUGCAACAUGUGAUACAGAGAUGCCGCACUUGUCAACUUGCCAAAGGAGAAAAGAAGAAUACAGGAUUGUACACACCGUUGCCCGUUCCACAUGCACCUUGGCAAGACAUAAGCAUGGAUUUUGUCCUAGGCUUACUACCUACACGGGAAAUGUAUGAUUCCAUAUUUGUGGUAGUAGAUCGUUUCUCCAAGAUGGCCCGUAUUAGUGUAGAAGCCGAUGAGUUCCUUAGACACAUCACGGAGGUACAUGCUGAUGUUCGUCGUCGCAUCGCUGUUAGCAAUGACGGAUAUCAAGCAACUGCCAAUCGACAUCGUCGCUACGUGGAAUUUCAGCCUAGUGAUUUGAUCAACAAUGUCUUCAAUGUAGCUGAUCUGACGAUAUAUUUGGGACACCAUUCUGAUGACGGUGACACUGAACACACCCUCAAACUUCCUCAAUUUGCAAACCCUAAAGAUGAUGUCAUCGAAGAUGUUCUCGACAACAAGUUCACCACAGUUCGUGGGGGCAAAGGGAACUGGCUGUCCUCCAUCCAGAUCCAGCUUCAAUCUGAUCACCUGAACUCCUCCUUGGUUGAAGAGAAAUCUGUAUCUGCAAACCUUUCAGCUCUUUUGGCCCAAGAUGAAAGCAUUUUAAGGAAAAAGGCUAGAAUCAAUUGGUUGGAAUUAGGGGACUCCCAACUCUUCUUAUUUCCAUCGAUCCUUGAAGGCCAGAAACAACUUCAACUCCGUUCUCAUGCUAACAACUCCUGA